AUGUUGUCUGAUAAGCAAGCGAAAUUGGUCCAGUUUAGUGAGGAGAUCGUAAAAGAGCAAAAUAAUGAAGAAAUAGCUAAAGUUCAGGAGCGUUUGCUCCUAGAAAAAAAGCUAAGGAAAUCAGUUCAUGAUGCUAUAGUAAAGUUGACAGAGAAAGUUUCUGACGAAGAGCUUUUAAGCUAUUUACCUUACUUGGACAGGUUGUCAUGGGACGAUGUAGUGGAAGAGAGAUCUAUUGCUAAAACUUGUGGGUUUCCGCUGUGCGACAAUGAAAACAUUCCAAUUCAAACUCAAACCUAUUAUAUCGAUAGAAGAGAAAAGAAGAUUUUCGAAGCUAACAAAGAAAGGAACAAAUUUUGUUCGUCCAAUUGUUUUCAGAGAUCUGCUUUCGUUAAAGCUCAGUUAGACGAACAUCCCCUAUGGAUCACGGGACUCAAUGAAAUCCGGAGUCGAAAAACUUACGACAUUCAACAUGUUUUGGCGUCUGAAACUUUGGAUCGAGAGUUUCGACGUUUGAAACCUGUGGAAAUUGUUUCAAAACCCUCAACGCUAGUUAAAUCCUUGAACGAGUUGAAGAUUGCGGAGAGAGCCGAAUCCGACGAAGAGAUGAGUGACGAAGACGGAAUGGCAACAAGGGAUGAUCAAGAUUUUUUGGAAUCCCUGGAGCGCUUCAUCAAACAAAAGCCAUGUCAAAGUGACAAAGCAAAUCCUUUCAUGAACUCCAGCGCGGGAUAUCAAAUUGCCACUUCAUGUUCUCCAAAUCAUAGCUCGAAAAGCGAGAAAGACAAACAGAAAUCUCCAAAUAAUAGUCAGGUUAAUAGUGACAAAGAGCAGAAACUUCAAAACAUCAGGUCUAAGUAUCAACAGAAAAAACCUCAUUGUUCUCUCUUGAUCGAGCCUCUGCCUAUUGCAAAAGAGAAACUUAAAGAAACUGUGCGUGCAGAAUCAUCUGUGCCUGGCCAGGAAUCUUAUCCUGAUGUGGAGCAGGGGCCAUCAAAAACAGCAAAGGUGUUGAAGAGCACCGAAGUAGUUUUGCCAAAUCAAGAAGACUUGCAAUAUGUAACAACACUUUUCAACAAUUGGUGGACUAAGGAAACAACAGAGAUUGUCCAACUUGGAGGAAGGAAACCGUCUAGUGAUUCUAGCCGAGUCUUAUUAGCUUACAUGCAUGGAGAUAUUUGUGAAAACGCAAAUGUUAAUUUACCAGAUGUGGAUUCAGUCGAUGUCAGAAGGAAACGGCUUCGUAUUCUUAUUGAAUCUCUCAAACCUACAUGGCUAAAAAUGGAACGCUUCUUCGGAAAGACGUCGUCGAGUUCACACUGUUUGGUGGAUCUUGUGUCAAGUUUCCACCUGGAGCCGAGCAACAUAACGGGCUUUGAAAGAAAGCAUACACAACUCAUUGUGAGCGUUCUUUGGAAAAUAGCUUGCGGCAUGGAUUCCGACUUGCACGAAACUUAUUUCGAACAACCAGAAGGGUCCCAAGUGAUCUGGGACUAUUUCGCUAAAAUUUCUCUUAACUCCGCUACUUACGAAAGGAUAGUUGACAAUGUGAUGAAAAUGAUGGGGGAAACAUAA